AUGACGCGAGAACAUAAAGAACGAAAGCACGACCCCUGCUGGCGUGUUGUUGACGUCGAUAUUUAUCCGCUUGUUUGUUCAGUGAAUGGGGAGAGUUUCAACAUCACCAUGAGCUCAUCUGAGUCCCCGACAAUUGGGGAUAUUUUCCUCAUCCUCAGUGAAAUGGGCUUCACACAGGAGCAGAUUCAGGCUGCAGUGCAGGCAGGACACUUCUCUGUGCCAGAUGCAGCUGAAUGGCUUUUACAAGGUCAGUCACCAAGACAUAGGUUAACGCAGCGCUCAUCACAACCAGCUGAAACGGCCUUCUCUGCAUUCAACCCUCCCAAAGAACAGACUGGCUCCCAAGCAUCUCCCAGCGACAGUGGGGCAAGUUCUCCAUUGGUGCUUAAAUCACCACAUAGCAAUUUAAGUCCAGAGCCUCCACAAAUCGAGUCUCGCAUUAAACAGGACAAAAGUGACUUUGAAGAACAGCAGAGGCUACGUGUGACACAGGAGGCCAGAGAGCAACGGAAGCAAAAGAAACAGGAACGAGAUUUGGUUCUGAAAAGAAUAGCGGAGGACCGGAAGACAUUACAGGCGAAGAAUCAGACCAGCCCUGUAUCUGAGGCCCCCCGGAGUAGUGAGGGUCAGAAGUUGGGUGGAACAAUUCAGACAAAUCUGGAAAACAACUGCAUUCUUAUGAUUCGACUGCCCUCUGGGGAGUCCAUGCGUGAACAGUUCAAGGCAGACGCACCUUUGCGCACUGUUGUCGACCAUAUCAGCGGCCGCUACCCGUCCCUCACAUCCUUCUCACUCCUUCAGGGAUUCCCGCGGAAACGUUUUGGGGAGGCAGAGCUCGCUUGUUCUUUGCGUUCUCUUGGCCUCACUCCCAAUGCUGCACUUUGUAUUCAGACGACUCCACCAGAAACACCACAGGAGCAGAGCAUUGUCAAUCUGGAGGCUGCUCAGCAGCAAAACAGUCCGUCUGCUGAGCUUCCAGCGGCACAGAUACCUGAUCAAGACCUGAACCCAGGUCCUGCUCCUCCCCCUCUGCUGCCCAAUCAGCUUUGGGAAGAGGCCGUCAACUAUGCAGGGAUUCCAGAAAUGGGCCAUUUACUCACUGGUCCUUCACACAGUUGGGGGCGAGGCCAGAGGUUGGUUCCUGGAGAUGUUGAAGGAGCUCCAGAAGUAGAUGUUGAUGUGGAUCUAGAAGAGGAAAGGGAGCCGUAUGACAUGCUGAACGGAAUGCCAAGGUUACCCUUUCUUCCAGAGAACCGGAUUCAUGGAGCUGGAAUUGAUCUGAGACACCACUGGCCAGAGCAGGGCAAUCGUCUCAGGGAGGAGCCUCCGGAGCAGGAUGAGGGUCCAGUGGCCCCUGCAGCAGCAGGUCAGGCUGCAGUGGAGCGGCUGCAGCGGGCGGCUCAGCAGAACGCCUCUCAGGGGCAGCCAUCGCCCCCAAAACGACCAUUUAAAACUCCGAGUGUGCUGUCGCUGUGUGCCUUGGCGACACGAGCUGCUGUCAGCCUGAUGACUGCUCCCAGUAUGCAGUACAGCAGCAGUCUGGCAGGACUCACUCCGGAGCUGGCAGAACUUCUGCUUGAGCACAUGGCUCGUGAGAGGCUUUUGCGUCCACGCACUCUGGAGUUAUUUUUUGGCUGCCCAUUACGAAGGUUUGCCCUCAACUGCUAUCCAUAUUCAACUAAUGAGCUUCUGCGGCAGCUACGAGUCUUUACAGCUUUGAAACAUCUGAGUCUGGUCAACUCUCCCCUCAUUACUGAUUCUGGAUUGACUAUUCUACCAAGCCUGGUGAAGCUCCAAUAUCUCAACCUAGCUUCAUGUAGCAAACUGACAGAUGCCUGUCUGCAGCACAUCACAGGUUUAAAGAGCCUGUGUUUCCUGUCCCUGGACCAAACCAAAGUAACCGACAGUGGAAUGGUGCUGUACCUGCAGUCCUGCCCCCCUCUGUCUCAGCUUUGUCUCAAUCAAACAGCUGUCACUGAGCUCACACUAGAAGCUCUGACUUCAUUUGUGCCUCAGCUGCGAGUGCUCAGCAUCAAACAGACCAAGGUUAGUCAUGUGACUUCUUUGUCACAAAUGCAUAAUCUUCAGACACUCAGCCUUGAUGGCACUGGAGUGACUGAGGCGUCACUGGAGCACCUUAGGAACCAUCCCUCUCUCUCUUCACUCAGUUUGACUGGGAUUCAAGUAGAGGAUGGAAAUCAAGCUUUGCAAAUCAUCUCAGGUCUAAAGCUGACCCAGCUCACUCUGCCGGGGCGGCACUGUGUGACUGAUGGUGGGAUGUCUGCUUUGUCCAACCUGACUCUGCUCUGUGAGCUCGACCUCACAGACUACACUCGUGUCACAGACCAAGGAGUCGGCCAUCUCUCCUCUUUGACCAGGUUGAGAAAACUGUCACUUAGCAACACUCAGGUGUCGGAUGCAGGUCUUCCUUAUCUGCAAGGUCUUCUGGAGAUGCAAGAUCUGUGCUUGGACAGGACCACAGUGACCAGCCGAGGAGUGGCAGACCUCAUCGUUCAUUUACCUCACCUGCAGGUUCUGGGAUUAGCGAGCACACAUAUUGGAGACAAUGUGGUGAGAAGGGGUCUGGUUCGGUGUAAUCAGCUCGUCAAGAUCAAUCUGAGUCGUACCAGAAUCACAGAUCAAAGUCUGAAGUAUUUGAAGCACUUGCGUCUGGCGCAGGUGAAUCUGGAUGGGACUGGUGUGACGCUCCUGGGGAUCGCCAACCUCCUCUCUCUCACCAACAUAAUCAAUGUUCGUGCAAGCAACACACGUGUCAUACCGCGAGAUGAGGUCUCUGACGAGGAGCUGGAGACCAACUGA